GAGUAACUGAUUUUCACUGAGCAGCAAUGGAGCAUAAUGAGUUGUUUUGCUGUGCGUCAAGACAAUGGUUGGUUCUGAGAUUUGUCUGAAGAGGUUCAGAGUAGUGUCUAGAUGUGACAUUGUCAGAGAAGGACAGGCAACGUGACGGCUGCCUGUUGCCCCGCAGCUUGAAGGGGGACUGCAUGGCCAGCAGCCCUCACUGAAGAGGAGACCAUGAGCGUCCCACUGGCUCCAAAGAAAUCCUGUUUCAGUCAGCUGCGAGAUCACCAAGAGCGGGCAAAGAACAAUAAUGAGAGCAUUCUAAGCAUGGGAGAUACAAAUGCUAAUCAAAUCAUGUUGGAGGUCAGCUCCUCACACGAUGAGUCUGGGACACGCGAUCUGGAGGAUGAAAUUGGAAAUGCAAAUUUAAGCAGGCCACAGUACCACAGCCACUCCCAGAAGGAGCCCACUCAACUUCAGGGCUUUGGGAAAGGGUUUCAGGCUGGCUCCACCAGUCAGAGGGAUUUUCAUCCUUCCCUGGCUGUUCAUAGACAAUUGAGUGAAGAGCACACAGUGAAAAGAGGUAUCCUUCAGACCCCACAGGGCGUCCAGGGACCAAGUCUAUCCAGCUGGAGAAGUGCAGUGGGUCAAGCCAGUCCAGAGGUUUUGGCUAAAAGGGAUGCUGAAAUUCCCCGGCACAUUCCCAAAGACAAAUUGGCAAAGACCCUUGACAAUGAAGAGUUGAAAAGAGCAAGCAGCUCGGCAGCUGCAGCUGGCAGCCUCACUCGGGAGAAUCUGCAGCCUGUGCAGCUGGACACCUCAGAGCCACAGGGCCAUGUGCCUGGGCGUGGGGAGGGGCCACAGGGGACAUCAGCUGGUCACUCUCCAGGGACAGUUUUUUCUCUAGGUGAGGGUACCUCAGAGGGGAAGUGUGUGCAUCCUCCUGAACCAUCUACCUCAGAAGCCAGGAGGUCCAUCCCAUCAGACACCAAGAUGGAGGGGACUCAUGGCUUGGACGUUUACAACAAGUGCAUCGCUCACCCAGAAUCGACUCCCACUUCAGCACUGAAGGAAACACCCAGCCUCCGUCAUCCAGAAGUGUAUGUAGGUCAAGGAAGAGGGGAGCCCAAAGCAGAGCUCAAAUACAUCCAACCCAGGAAUGAGCAGGGACUAAAGUCAGCCCAGGCACAGGGUCUGGGAUGUCAUGAGAAAAAAAGUAUGUCACCUGUAGAGCAGAAGGAGCUGCGUGAGAAGGCACAUCAAGAAACCAUGAGUCAACUCAACAGUGGCCAUCACCAACUUGGAGUGGGAGAAGGGAGCAGCCUGGAAGAAGUGAUGGGGGUCAGUGCUGGUGUGGAGGGGUUUCAGCAAGCCACCCCUGUGCCAAGCACUGCUCCUGGAGAGGGCGGUACUAGACUCACUGGCAAAACGUCACCUGGCGUAGGUAGGACAAUGAAGGAAACUGUAUCCAGUGACUUUGCACCAGGCGAUGCCCGUGUAGCAUCUCUUCUCCGUGAUGUGACUGAGAGCACAUCCUCCGAGGUCAGGAGGGAGGGGAUGAGACAGAGUGGCGGGAAUGUGGACAGUGCCAAGGCAUUGGCCUCAGGUCCUUCUGUGGAAGGGAGCAGAGCUGAGGCCUCUGAGCUCUUGGGCCCUCACCCUGACAACUCAGAAGCCAGAAGAAGCAGAGAGGCAGUGACCCCUGUAGCUGAAAAUGGGAACCUUCAAGAAAACCCAGCCCAAAGUGAAGUCACUCCCCCGGGAGGAGAUUCAGCUUUCAGUACCCCAGCUCUCUUGCACCCAGAGACAGCUGUGAACUCCACUCACCAGCCCGCUCCUCCAGGUAGUAGUGCUCAGUUCAGUGUGGACACGAGGUCACCCUCGGUGGCCUUGCCCCCCACUGAUGGCGGGCAGGUCUUGAACACACCCCUGAAAGCGCCUGACAAGAGCGCCUGUCCCAGUGGGGUCCCCAAGCCGCUCACACGUCCCAAGGACACACCUUCCUCCCAGGAAGCGACAGAGAAGCUGGAGACGGAUAAAGCGGAAGAAAGGACAGAGACAAAACCAGUUCUCAUGCCAAAGCCCAAGCAUGUGAGGCCCAAGAUCAUCACAUACAUCCGUAGGAACCCCCAGGCACUGGCUCAGGGGGAUGCCUCGCUGGUCCCUGUGGGCCUUCCAUAUGCCCCUCCUUCAUGUGGCAUGCCUCUUCCGCAAGAGGAGAAGACAGCAAACCGUGACCUUCAGCCAUCUGCCAAUGUGUAUGAGAAAUUCAAGCCGGACUUGCAGAAGUCAAGGGUCUUCCCCUCUGGGCUGAUGGUGUCUGGGAUCAAGCCCCCAGGGCAUCAUUUCAGUCAGAUGAGUGAAAAGUUUCUGCAGGAGGUCGCAGACCACCCUGGGAAAGAAGAAUUUUGCUCUCCUCCCUACACUCAUUAUGAAGUCCCUCCCACCUUCUAUCGCUCGGCCAUGCUCCUUAAACCCCAGCUGGGGUUGGGUGCAAUGUCCCGUCUCCCGUCUACCAAGAGCAGGAUUCUGAUCGCCAGUCAGAGGUCUUCAGCAAGCGCCAUCCAUCCACCAGGACCAAUAACAACAGCCGCCAGUUUCUACGGUUCUGACCCUUCAGAUCUUAAGAAAGCCUCCAAUUCAAAUGCUGCAAAAUCCAGUCUACCAAAAUCUGGGCUUCGUCCUCCUGGUUACUCUCGUCUUCCAGCAGCCAAGCUGGCGGCCUUCGGCUUUGUGAGGAGUUCCAGUGUCUCUGCAGUGCCCAGUACUCAAUCCCUGGACAGUGUGCAGCCGGAGCAGAGCCGGCCGGUCACCCGUUCGACCUUUGGGAAUGAAGAGCAGCCACCUGUGAAGCCAGCUCCGCCUUCUAAGGACAUACCCAAGGGAGCUGGCCGGGCAGCCCCGGCACCUUCCUCCAAUGCGACACCACCACGCAGGAGUUUACUUCCAGCACCAAAGUCCACUUCCACACCUGCUGGAACGAAGAAAGAAUCGCAGAAAGACCCAGACGCUAACAAACCUGCCGUCUCGUCUCCCAAGAGAGCAGCGUCUUCUUCCACCAAGCUUCACUCACCAGGGUACCCGAAGCAGAGGACCACUGCUCCUCGGAAUGGGUUCGCACCCAAGCCUGACCUGCAGGCCCGAGAGGCGGAGCGGCAGCUGGCCCAGCGACUGAGGGACAGGUGUGAGUGGCAGGCCAGGCAGCUGGGCCUGGCUCGAGGGGAGCUGAAGAGGGCCAUCCGUGGCUUCGACGCCCUGGCCGUGUCCACCCAGCACUUCUUUGGAAAGAGUGAAAGUGCCCUUGCGAAAGAAAAAGAGCUGUCGAUCGAACUUGCAAACAUCAGGGAUGAAGUUGCCUUCAACACCGCCAAGUGUGAGAAGCUGCAGAAGGAGAAGGAGGCGCUGGAAAGGCGGUUUGAGGAGGAGCUGAGGAGGCUGGGCUGGCAGCAGCAGGCCGAGGUGCAGGAGCUGCAGGAGCGGCUGCAACAGCAGUUCGAGGCCGAGAGCGCGCGCCUGCAGGCGGAGCACCAGGACCAGCUGCUGCGCAUGCGCUGCCAGCACCAGGAGCAGGUGGAAGACAUCACUGCCAGCCACGAGGCUGCUCUGCUGGAGAUGGAAAAUAACCACACAGUUGCCAUCACAAUCCUGCAGGAUGACCACGACCACAAAGUUCAAGAACUGAUGUCUACCCAUGAAUUCGAGAAGAAGGAAUUGGAGGAAAACUUUGAAAAGCUGCGGCUGUCCUUACAGGACCAGGUGGACACGCUGACUUUUCAGAGCCAGUCUCUGCGGGACAGAGCCCAGCGCUUUGAGGAAGCUCUGAGGAAAACCACGGAGGAGCAGCUGGAGAUUGCAUUGGCUCCAUAUCAGCACCUGGAAGAAGAUAUGCAGAGCCUGAAGCAGGUGUUGGAGAUGAAGAACCAGCAAAUCCACCUGCAGGAGAAGAAGAUCAUAGAGCUGGAAAAGCUGGUGGAGAAGAACAUCAUCCUGGAAGAAAAGAUACAAGUUCUCCAGCAGCAGAACGAGGACCUCAAAGCAAGGAUUGACCAGAACACGGUUGUCACCAGACAACUGUCGGAGGAAAAUGCUAACCUCCAGGAAUACGUGGAGAAGGAGACCCAGGAAAAGAAGAGACUGAGCCGAACCAAUGAAGAACUACUUUGGAAGCUCCAAACUGGGGAUCCAACCAGCCCGAUUAAAUUGUCUCCAACAUCCCCGGUGUACAGAGGCUCUUCCUCUGGACCCUCCUCUCCAGCCAGAGUCAGCACCACACCUAGAUGACAUCGCUUCGCCACCCGCAGGAGCUCAGGCUUCUGUCCAUCGGACGGAGUGCUGGCCAGGUGCUGGUGGCCGUCCUGUGCGCAUGCCCGGUAGCUGCAUCCGCAUCUUAGGCAGCGUCCUCUCUGACCCCUGUGUGAGACCGUCCUGGUGUUGGCACGUAGAAAGGUGUGAGCAGCAGAGUCCGGUGUCUAAAAACGUUUUAGUGUAGUUAGAGGCAAGAGAGAAACUAGUUACAGGCAAGAGAGAAACCGCUCCAAUUGUUCUUGAGAGAUGAACUUUCACAGCAGAAGUUAGGUCCGUUACACACAGCUCCGUUUGGAAUACACAAAACCCUCCCGUACUACUGCGUGGGUAUAUUCAGACAUGUGGGGAUACACAUGUGGCGAUUCUGAAUUGCGUUUUUUUAUAACAUAAUGCGCUGACAUAUUUUAGUGACGGUCAGCAGUUUUCUAAGUUGUGCCUAAGAAUUAUUGGGAAAUGAAAAUGCAUUUCUACCUAGUUUCCUGGAAAUAUUUCUACCCAAAAUAGAGAAAGAAAAAAAAAACAGAAAAACAAAAGAUAGAAGCAUGUCUCUCUGCCACUGAGUGGUACCCUGCUUAACACAAACACCAGCGAUGUGUAGAUGGUAACUGCCUUUGGAGCAAGUAGCUUCUUAGUCCACAUUAGGUGGGGUCCCUGCUACCCCACUGCAGGAUUUAAUUAUGAAUCCUCCCAUGCUGAAAGGAUGAAAUGUAGCGGGGGAAACACUGAGGGGUCCAGUGUUUUGGCCAGUGUUUUUCCCCUUAGUGAUUCAUUAUAGUUUUGACAACACCAGUUUAGCUCUUUUCCCCUCUAAAUAGCGUCUUGGAGUCCAUCAUCAUCAUGCUAUUAUUGCAUCCUCAGGAAGACAUGGAGGAGUGUGACCUUUGUAGUGAGGGUGAGCAUGAGCUUGGAGAAAAGCGAUACUGUGCGUGGCCCAUCCUCCUGAAGGAAGAGUGCUGAACGUAGGGGCCACGUUCAACCCGGCACAGAAUAAGGACGUGUCUGCCUGUUGUUGCGCCCCCACCCCACCCCCCAUUUUCAGUUUAAUUCUUUGACUCAACCCCAUCACCACACAUCAAGAUGGCUCAGGGGUUCUAGUCAGGGCUUCCAGAAACCAACC